CGGCGCCCAGUGUUCUGCACAGAGCUGCAGCCGUUUAGUAAUGUCACUCGUGGUAUAGAGAGAAUGCGUUGAAGAGAUCGACUAAAGCCUCAGGUUCACCAUCCUGUUCAUUUUAUCAACAACAGUAGCUGUCCCACAUGUGGACGCAGAGAUUGCUUAUUCGACGUCAUUACUUGCCCUCGUCCUCCCGGGCUGCCAGUGGACUCACCCAGCGAAAAUAUGAUGUCAUUGUGGUUGGUGGAGGCCAUGCAGGUACCGAGGCAGCUGCCGCAGCAACCAGAGUGGGUGCAGAGACUCUACUCAUCACCCAAAAAAUACAGACCAUUGGUGCGCUGUCCUGUAAUCCAUCUUUGGGAGGCGUAGGUAAAGGCCAUCUGGUGAGAGAGGUGGAUGCUCUAGAUGGGCUGAUGGGCAGGGCUGGAGACUUUGCUGGAGUUCACUUCUCCAUCCUCAACCGCAGUAAAGGACCUGCGGUGUGGGGCCCCAGGGCCCAGCUGGACCGCUGCCGCUACCGUGAAUUUAUUCAAUCUGAGUUAUUGUCCAUGCCCAGACUGACAGUUGUAGAGGGAUCUGUGGAAGAUCUGCUGAUGUCUGCAGCUGACCCAGAACAGCCAGGAAAACACAGUGUUACAGGAGUACGCAUGGCUGAAGGAGGAGGAGAAAUCCUCUCUAGAUCUGUUGUUCUCACCACUGGCACAUUCCUUUCUGGCUCUCUGUUCAUGGGCCAAGUCACAUCUCCAGGGGGUAGGAUGGGUGAUCCUCCUUCCUGCGCUGGUCUCUCCCACAGUUUGAGAGAGGUUCUUGGGCUAAAGGUUGGCCGACUUAGGACCGGUACACCUCCUCGCAUCAUAAAAGAAACAGUCGACCUCACCCUUGCAAAACUGCACUUGCCCGAUCCACAGCCUACACCGUUUAGUUUCAUCAACACACAUACACACUGCAAGCCUGAAGAACAGCUGCCCUGUUAUCUGACACACACCACAGCUGGAGUAGACAGAGUGGUGAAAGAGAGUUUGCACCUCAACACACACAUCCAGCAGGACACCAAAGGACCUAGAUAUUGUCCGUCCAUAGAGUCAAGGGUGUUACGGUUUCCAGGGCGACAGCACCAAGUGUGGCUAGAGCCAGAGGGUUUAACUUCAGAUCUGUUGUAUCCCCAAGGUCUUUCUAUGACCAUGCCCCCUGAGAUGCAGCUCCGUCUCCUCAGGGAAAUCCCUGCCCUGCACAGAGCUGAAAUCCGGACCCCAGGUUACGGGGUGCAGUAUGACUUUGUCUGUCCAACGCAGCUUUUCCCGUGGCUGCAGGUUAAGACUGUUCAGGGACUCUUCCUGGCUGGACAGAUCAAUGGUACCACAGGCUAUGAGGAAGCUGCAGCACAGGGUCUGUGGGCAGGGGUGAAUGCAGGGCGUACUGCCCUCUCUCGCCCUCCUCUCUCCCUCUCUCGUACCCAGAGCUACAUUGGGGUUUUGAUUGAUGAUCUGGUCAGUCGUGGUGUGACAGAACCGUACCGUAUGUUCACGAGUCGGGCUGAGUUUAGAACCUCUCUGAGACCUGACAACGCAGACCUCCGUCUGACGCUGAAAGGGUUUGAGGAGAUUGGUUGUGUGUCUCCACGGCGAUACUCAGAGGUGGUUCGAGUAAGGGAGAACCUGAAUGAGGCUCUCUCUGUGCUGCAGUCUAUCUCCAUGUCUUCAGCUCGCUGGAGGGAUAGGCUUGGACACUUCCAUAUGAGUGAGAGCAAGAGCUCCCCUGUUAGUGGAGAGGAGGUGUUGCAGUAUAAAGAUGUGUCUUUUGAGAUGCUUGCCUCUGCCUUCCCAGAAGUCCUUUCACAAUACGUGGAGUUCUCCCAGAGGCUCAAAAUUGAGGCUGUGUACCGGCCCCACUGUGAGAAGCAGAAAAGAGAGAUGAACAGAAUACAAGAGGAGGAAAGUCUCUCUUUGCCCCAGGACAUUGACUACUUCUCCUUGCCAGUGUCCCUUUCACAGGAAGUCCGAGAGAUACUGGACCGAGUGCGACCCAGUACGCUUGGAGCAGCUACCCGACUGCCAGGAAUGACCCCAGCUGCCAUUGUUCAUCUCCUGAAUUAUGUGCGCAGGUCAAGACAUAGGAGCAGAAACGCAGCCAGAGGGACGGAUGUAGAACAAAACCAAGAUGUCGAUGUUUUGUCUCAAAAUAAGCUAAUGGAGAAAGACUGUAUACAGCACCUUAGGAACAUACCAUUACCUCAGUGA